AUGACCGAUUUAAAUACAUCAACAUUAGAACCCAUAACUGUGGACAUUAAUUCUCAGAUAAGUGAUGCUGAUGAUAAUAAAACUGAGAGUGAAAAAACAGUUGAAAUAAAUGAUGAGCAAAUUGGUACCGCUUCUUUGUUGUACAGUGACUUAACAACAACAAUCAGCAAAUCGUCUCUGAAGUUGUCUUCAUCACGAGAAAUUGAUGAAGCUCGAGCGAAUACUGAAACAACAACGACGGCUGUUUUAUCAGAGAUGGGAAGUAUUCCAUCAGCUGCUCUAACAUCUGAGGAAGGCGUUCCUACACCACCACCAUCACCAACAGUCAGGAAAACCUCGGUCAAACCAAGUUUGUUUUCAUUAGCUCAAGUUUCACAUAAACUUGGUGAGCUCUGGUCAAGCGCACGAGAACGCGUUUUUGGUGAAGAUUACUGGAUACCUUCUGAUUGUUAUGAAGUAGUGCCAUUUCCGGUGGAGUUGUUACGAGCUCAUAAUUCCGUCUAUCCUCACAGUAACAGCAGAAAAGGAUUACGCGUGGUGCAAGGUACACUGAAAAAUCGACCUGCUGCACCACUGUUCCAUGUACUGUUUUCGAAAGAAAAUGAAGAAAAGAACGAUAACAGACGAGAAGAGGUCGAAUUGCUUGUUACUGUAAGCAUAUUCCGUACCCAUGAAAUUCAAGAAGCUAUCGAUUUAUGUAAUCGGUGCUAUGAUUGUGAAGCAUUGUUUAUGCUGCUUGACAUGCAAAAUGAUAAUCGAAGACUAGUACGAGAUUUGGUAACAGCGCUGCGUGCUCAUCCGCUUUGGCUAAUCGUUCCAAUUGCAAUCGCGACAAAUCGGGUCGAUUUUUUUACAAAUGAAAGCAUUAAAAGGUUUCAGGCAACAAAUGAGGAUUUAUUUGAUGUAAUGCUUCAAGUAACUGCUCAGCCGGAAGGUCGUUAUCCACUGAUGCUUGCGAUAGAAAUGCAUCGCUUGGAAAUCGUUCGAAGACUUCUAGAACUUGGUGCCGAUCCGACAGCACGAGACAUUAAAGGGAAUAAUUCAUUACAUUAUGCCGCCUUGGCUUCGGUGACUAUGUUGGAAUUGCUUUGGGAAUUUGAAAAAACACAUCCUCUUUUGAAUACAACCAAUCAUGAUGGAUAUACUCCUGUGCUGAUUGCAAUUCGGAAUGCGAAUCCACGAAUUGUAUCAACAUUAAUCUCACAUGGUGCCGAGGUCAAUAUUCGUGUUGCUGGACGAUCUCCACUCUUUGAAGCCAUGCAAAGUAAAGGCAAAUCAACGGAAGUAAUUCGGACAUUACUGGAAGCUUCUCCCAAAUUGCUGCAUGAAAAAGACCCAGCCACGGGGAAUACGGUAUUACACGCAGCACAAUUUAAGACACCGCUAAUGGGCUUACUAUCCCUUAAACACAAGGAACUUGAUCUGAAUGCUCGAAACAAUGCUGGACAGGCGCCUAUUCAUAUGUACGUCAGUAGGGGUGAUGUUGGUAUGGUCAUGACUUUGUCGUCUUAUAACUGCGACUUGAAUGUGUCAGAUCAAAGUGGUGAUACCGCGCUUCAUUUAUCUGUUUCAAGAAGAGAUUUAUUAAUGACUCGUUUACUUCUGUGCCUAGGUGCUGAUCCAAAUGUAAAGAAUAAACAUGGUGAAACACCGCGACAUCUUGCAUCUAAACUUCAAGAAUGGGAUCUGGUAAAAAGUCUUGCAAUUUGUGGUGCACGUCGCUGCGAUAGUGGAGGGAAAAGUGGAUGUGUUUCUGGGUGCGUAAAUGGUAAGAAGCUGGAUGAAAUGAAAGAUGCUUCAUGGUCAUUGAUAGAAAGUGCUGAAAAUUAUAUGAUUCCUCGAACUGGUAGUUCUGCUUUCAUGGAUGAUCUUGAAACAUCUGUAGAUGUUGAAGUCAGCAACUCUAUUCAGGAUUUUAAACAAAAGUUUUGUUAUGAACGAAUGAUGAAGAGGUUGGAAGAAUUAGCGGCAAAGAAGGAUACCCCAGAUUUCGUGUGCUUAUUAUCACUUGAUGGUGGUGGGAUUCGCGGUCUUGUUAUCAUACAGAUGCUGCUGGAACUUGAGAAAAUGAUGGGCGAGCCAUUUUUCUCAUAUUUUGAUAUGGUUGCUGGUACCUCUACAGGUGGAAUCAUUGCUGCUGCUUUGGCGUUAGGGAAAACAUUGCGUGACUGCCAGCAAAUUUAUUUGCGUCUAAAAGAUCUUAUUUUUGAUAGCUGGGCGCGACCGUAUAAUACAUCUUUAUUAGAAUUAUUUAUACAAGCAGAAGUUGGCACAGAUAUGACUCUGGCUUCUGUACCUUGGCCUAAAAUGAUUUUGACAACAGUACGAGCUGAUUGUUUCCCAGUGCGCUUGGAACUAAUGCGAAAUUUUCGAUUACCUUUGUCGGAUGAAGAAAAUUCGUCCCUUGGAUAUGCCGAUCCCGCUGAUACCUUACUGUGGAAAGCACUGCGAAGGACUUCAGCAGCACCGACGUAUUUUAGUUCUGUUGAUAAUAGGUAUAUUGAUGGAGGCAUUAUUUCAAAUAACCCUGCCUUAGAAUUGCUUUCUGAAUUAGCGUUUUGGAAUACUACGAACCAUUUUUUGACAAGUUCAGAAAAUAAUGCCAUACAACUUGGAUGUUUGUUAAGCGUCGGUACCGGUGCUAUUCCAACAAUGCCUUUGUCAACAUCAAACUUGGAAAUCUCAUCAAAUCCAUAUUCUUCUGCUGUUGCCAUCAAAAAUCUGGGAGUUAUACUCGUCGAGCAGGUGACAGCAACGGAAGGAGCGCCAGUAGAACGAGCUCGUUCCUGGUGUCACAAUAUGAAUGUGCCAUUUUUUCGACUCUCCGCACCACUUCAUAAAGAUAUCCCGAUGGAUACGCGGGAUGAUACUGAUAUAGCACGUAUGAUGUGGGAUUGCGUGCAGUAUUGUAACACGAUGCGUUGUGAAAUGGAGAAAAUACAUGGGCUUCUUAGAAAGCUGGGACCUGCUUGGCGCAGACGACAUCUUUUCGAAGCCAGAAAAAGUGAUGAUGAUGCAAAAUUGCAAACGGCGGGUCGCUCAGAUUUAAUUUAA